AUGUCUGAAAAGCUUCCUGAAAUUAUAACGUUCACAGAUGUGGACAUAACAAAUCCUAUGGUUCUAAAACAACCACCUUAUAGGUUUCGGAGAUGUUCCAUCAUCGGCUCACUAGCGGAUCCUCACAUCACGGUUGUUGAGAUACAAAAUCUAUUGGAAGCUGGAAUGAGUAUAGUGAAGAUUAAAUUAGCCCAAAAUAGCAAGGGACAAAGUCUACGAUUACUCGGGAAAAUCGACAAAGCUACACUUGCCUGUUGUACAAAAUAUGGAGUCACAAACUGGCCAGUUGCCACAUGUAUUGAAUUAAAGACUUGUAUUGCCGGGAAGCCUUUCUAUGUAUCUGGUGGUAUUUUUGAAAUGACUUUGAAAACAGGAGAAUUCGUUGACUGUGAAAUAUCAGAUGUAACAAACGCUCUCAUGGACGACGUCAGUGGAUUCCUACUCAAGGAAAGUUCAGACUCUUCUUUAACAUUUGAUGUGUUGAAAGGAAUUAAUGAGUUGUGUUACACUAUUGAUCCUUUACUUACGAGUAAAUCGAAGUUCUAUAGGAUUAUUGAUGAGGUGAAAAUGCCUGUGAAUGCAGCAGAAGCUGCUGUUAUCGCUUGUGCAACAGUCACCAAUCAAACACAGGCAAAUAUUAUAGUAGUACCGACAGUUAGCGGAACGACAAUGAAGUACCUACACUGGAUGCGGCCGUCCUGCCUCAUUAUAACAGUGAGCCCGGAAAUCCGUACCACGAGACUUUUACGAACGUACAGGAGUGUUAUGCCGCUUUUGUUCACUCAGGAACAACAAAACGAAUGGCCCAAAGCAGUGGAAGCACGUAUUUACUUCGCCAUAGACUACGCUGUGAACAGAAAUUGGCUGAUGUAUGGCGACACUUACAUAACUCUUGAAAGGAGUUCCGAGUCUACCUCCUUCUGUGAUACCGUCAGGGUUUGUAAAGUCAGCAUUAGCAAGAAAACUUUGGUGGAGUAA